AAAAUGGAGGGUGAACGUUCUUUAAAUGAAGACCUUCAUGUGCCUUAUUAAUAGUUUCCUACAUAUUAAUAAAAGACUAUUGAAUUAUUCUGCCAAGAAUAUGGUCAUCGAGAUUAAAAGAUUCAAUAUCUAAAUUUGACUCGCCAGAGUGAUAUUGUACGAUAAAGACUACAAUGUAUUAAAUGUAUUACUGGUCCUUACUCUGAUUAUCGACAAGAUGUUGCUAUUCUAAAAGAUGUACAAUAUUAAAAUAAUUCAAAGGUUUUAAAGGAUGAUAUGAAUGUAUUAAAAUACACAAAAUUUUAAGGUAAUAUUUUAUAAGAAUUUUCUAAUCUUUACCAUUCUUUAAAUUUAGACUUCACCAAAGAUGACAUAGAAUUUGUACUUUAUUUAUUAAUCUAGAAAUUUGCUUCUUAUCAAAAAUAGAUUUUAUUCUUACUCAAAGAAUGCAAAAAGGAAAUUAUGAAUAGAUUUGAUUAAUAUUAGGAAUUGAAGGUUACAAUAAAAUCAUUUGUAGAUGAUUUUAAACCUGUAAAAAAUUUAAUUAUUGUAGUUUUUUGAUUUUAAUGCAUAAUAAACAGAACUAAUCGAAUACUCUAAAUAAGGUUAGAAUCCACACCCAAAAUCUUAACAGAAAUUAAAUAAAUCACUUGAUGAAUAUGUAAAAAAAAUACAUGAAUAAAAUGAAAAAUAGAAAGAAUAGCUGGAAGGUAAAUUGAAGACAUUUAAAGAGAAGGUGAAUGACUUUACUAAGAAAUAUUGGAGGUAAAAAUAAUAUGUAUUAAACAAGCAUUCAUAUUUGUAAACUAGACUAAGAAAUGGAAAACAUUUAGAACAACAUUAAUGAAUUAAAAAAUAUAUUUUCUCAAAAUAACUUUACCAAAUCAGAAUUAUCAAAUGAUUAUAUACCAAGAGUUUUGUAGACAAUAUCAAAAGAUUAUGAAGAUACUUCAAAAGUUGAAAAUAUUAAAUAAAUUUAUACCAGCAUUCAUGCUGGCCUUAAUUAUAAGCUUGUUAGAGAAUAAUUAAAAAACAAUACUUAAAAAAAUUUACUCUUUAUUUUCUAGUGCUCAAAUUCUUAAAAAUUUGGAGCUUUUAUUAAUUAAUAAAACCCAAAGUGUAGCUUAAUGUUUUAAUUAAGUAAAAAAUAAAUUUACUUAAUUAAAUAAUUACCACCAAAUUAGAGCCCUUUAAUCGUUAAUUAGAGUGCUAAUGACAAUAGCUUACUUUUAAAAUUUGGAAAUGAGGACUUAGUUAUUUAAUCAACAUUUACAAAAUGCUACUCUAAAUUAGGUCAAGGUUUCGAAGCAAGUGAAUACCAAAUAGGCAAUCUAGAGAUGCAUUUAGCAAAUGCUUCAGAAUUCAACAUAUCAGCUUUAGAGAUAUUUGAAAUGUGAAAUAUUAAAUUUAAUAAAAGAAUUUUUUUUCUGG